CUACGCGACCCCAGCGGCGGGAGCCAUUUCUCCGCUGAGGCUUUUCCGAGCGAGCGCUUCGCAUCGCAUCCACAGAGGCGUGAGUGAAAGCUCCCGGGUCGUGGGGGGUAGGACCCUGCACCAGCUGAGCCUACCACCUGGGGCCAUGGACUCGGACGCCAGCUUGGUGUCCAGCCGCCCAUCGUCUCCAGAGCCUGAUGACCUUUUCCCACCGGCUCGGAGCAAGGGCAGCGGCAGCGGCGGCUUUUCUGGGGGCACCGUGUCCUCGUCGACGCCUAGCGACUGCCCGCCUGAGCUAAGCGCAGAGCUGCGCGGUGCCAUGGGCGCGGCGGGCACGCACCCCGGGGACAAGCUGGGUGGCGGCGGCUUCAAGUCUUCUUCAUCUAGUACCUCGUCGUCCACGUCGUCAGCGGCCACAUCGUCCACCAAAAAGGACAAGAAGCAGAUGACGGAGCCCGAGCUGCAGCAGCUGCGCCUCAAGAUCAACAGCCGCGAGCGCAAACGGAUGCACGACCUCAACAUCGCCAUGGACGGGCUGCGAGAGGUCAUGCCCUAUGCGCACGGCCCGUCGGUGCGCAAGCUCUCCAAGAUCGCCACGCUGCUGCUGGCGCGCAACUACAUCCUCAUGCUCACCAACUCGCUGGAGGAGAUGAAGCGACUGGUGAGCGAGAUCUACGGCGGCCACCACGCCGGCUUCCACCCGUCGGCCUGCGGCGGCGUCCAGGGAAGCUUCCCCUAUAAGGAGAACCACGGCUCUAGCUUUGGGCACAUGCUGACGGGCAUGCGCAGUGGAACAAGAGGCACGGGGGAAGGAACAAGAACAGUUUUCUCUGGUCUGCCCUCCUCUGAGCUCUGCUCGUUUUCUCACCUGCAAAACGAGCAGGUGCCCGACUUUUACGUCAUGUUCAGCUGCGUGAACAGAGCACCCUCAUCUUGA